AUGGUAGCAAUACCUACAACUUCAAAUCAGUAUACGUUCACCUCUUACCUUAAUCAGCUUCCUGCUAACUUCAAGAAGCUAUUGCUCCAAAAUUUGAAGAAGGAUGUUGCUUCUGGAAAGCUUGUUAAGGUUAAAGCUUCAUUCAAGCUUUCAGCAGCGGCCAGAAAGCCUGCAGUUGCCAAGCCAAAGACAAAGCCAGCUGCCAAGGCAAAGACUGUGAAGGCCAAGACAGCCGCUAAGCCCAAAUCUGCUGCUAUCAAGCCCAAACUCAAGUCGAUGCGUUACGAAGAAAGCUCCAAGAAGACCAACAGGUCUCAAAGCCACUUGAAUCAGCACAUUCUUCAGUCAAGAAGUGUCUAUCUUUCACUGGUGCAUCAUUACUUUCACCAAAAUCAGGGCUAG